UCUCGGCGUUCCAUCGCACACGGUGUGACAGCUGCUCUAAUAUCGCAACAAUACAUUGCACUAGCUGUCGUCACGCGAUAUUUAAAACUAUUAAAAUACUGGUUCCAAAAAUGUGACAGUUACAUUAUGCCGUACGAUUUCCUGUGAAAAAGUUUUACGAUUUUAGGUGAGGAAACCAUCCUCGGCUCCCAGAUGAGCAGUUUCAGUGUAAAGAGAGAGUCAAGGCCACAAAAAUUGCUCCCCACGGCAGUCCGGCGCGGGCGUACAUCGCUUACCACAAGCUGGGCACAGGCAUGGAGGCCCAGACCUCCACGCCGCACACUGAAUGCGAGUGCGGCGUCCACCCCUCCGUGUUUUACCUACUGGCAACCCUGCUACUCACCAGCUGUUCAACGGCGAUGCUAUGCGCGUCCAUCAUGACAGAUCACUGGGAGCAAGUGAAGUGGGACCACACCGCGCUGGCAGCCCUAGCUAACGCCUCCAACACAGCCCUGCAGUGGCUGCUCGAUGACAAGGUCGCUAAGAUCGAAGACACAAGUCACAAAAAGGCCCAGGCGACCUUUCUCGUCCCAAUGAACGGCGGGAUCUGGACCAUGUGCGUGUCAUUAGAAGACGAGGAGGUGACAAUAUUAUACCGCGCUGGGUUCCCCAAGCAGCCGCUUUGCACCAACUACCUGGCAGACAACGACGAUGAAGAACCCAGGGCUGAUUGGCAACAUCGCAUGCAGAAUCUAUCCAUAUCAUGCGCGUUGGUCUGUUUGAUAGUGCUGGGCAGCGCGGCACUGGUCGGCACCUUCGGAGUCUGCAAGCACCAGAUUAGUGCCGUGCUCAUCACUGGAGUUAUGUACCUUUUAGCUGGUCUAUUCGCAAUGUUCACGCUAAUGAUCAUCCACUUCAAGCGAAUCCAACGCGUCUCCACCAGAGGUUCUAUGCAUGGAGACGACACAAGCGACGGAGUGGUUGGACCCCAAAAUCCUGCCUACUACCUACUCUCCGCUAGGGAAUUCUCCACCUCAUGGUCACUAGACCUCGGCUGGGGCGGAGUGGCACUCGCCGCUACCACGUCUCUUUUAUGGAUUUUACUCUCUAAAAUCAUGAGGUAUAAUCCUAUAUCUACUUUGUUGUUGUAAAUCUCUUAAGGCCCAAGUUAAAGCUUGCUAGAAGCCUUUCUGGACCUGAUCUCUUCCUUAUCAGUUAGUCAAUUACAUUUUCGAUGGUUCGCCCUGUAUAUUCCACUGAUAAAAUGUGAGUCUGUUUGAAUGUUCAAUGUAGACCCAGUUUCAAGUGAUGAAAUAAUACUUUCGAAACAGAUGAUCAUUUCUUAUAUUGAAACGCAAAUGAAUCCUCGAAACCAUAUCCAAACGGGUAAAUCAAUUUUCAAUCUCGCCGCCCUAUCAAUUGCAUUUUGAGAGCUCAAUGGUCUGACGGUUCAAUUAGUAAAACAUUUCUACAUUUGAGAUAACAGAUUCAGAUAACGAAUAUUUGAGAAAUAUAUAUUCAUAACGCUUAACACGUUAAGCUUAAUCACAGAGCUUGCCAGCCGUCCAUGCCGUUUUUAAUGUUAAUCGUUAAAUCUCCUUCUCAUCUAAUCUAUAAUUCUAAAAUAUUGGAGCUGUGUAACAUUAUUGAUUAUUCCAAAAUUAAGUACCUUCCUGGACGGUAUCGCCUGGUCUGUCAAGGAGUAGCCGUUGCUACAGGAAAUAUCAAAAUUAUCUCAAUCAAAACAAUUACCUAUAGGUAUAUUACAAACAAGAUAAAAUAAUAUCUCAUGGCUGUACAAACUAAUCGAAGCACUUAUAGUUUUUGAUUUUUUUAAAUAUACGUUACAGAUGGUUAAAAAUUGUAGGAAAUAAAAAUUAGGAAUUUUUAUUUCCUGCAAAACGUGGAGAAAUGAGCUGGGAUUUUGAGAAAAAACCAUAGAGUUAUAUCAGAUAUAGAUUAUAAUAGAACUUAAAUAUUUAGGCCAAUACUAUAAAGUUAUGUAUCUACUAAAACUUUUUUAUUUGAGUGUUUCUGUUAUGAUAUCAAUUUUAAAUGUACCUAGUAACUUAGGAAUAGAUCUCAGGAAGGCUAUCUGAUAUCAGGUAAAAUACCGCUUCAUUAGAUUCAUCUUUACUGGCCUAAAUAAUAUUAAUUUAGUAGAAACCCUUUCAAUUUGCUGCAAUUAUUAUAUACAUAGAAAAACUUAACAAAAAUGGCGGUAAAGUAAAAUAUUAAUGUUGUCGAAGGUCAUAUGUGUUGGGAGGAGAUUGAAAUUGUUUGAAGAUUGCAUAUUUUUCAGAUUUAAUCGUAUGCUGUCAAAACAUUGGGAUAACAUAGAUUCGAUAUAAAAUAAAAGUAUUUUAUUCUCAGAGUACAUACAAGAAAUAUUAUUCUUAGCACACUCCGGGCACAGAUUAUAUAAUACGUUUCGGGACUCUUGGUGUUUGAUCGAUAGAAUGUCUAAUGCCGGUUCCACACUAUCGGCGAACGAGACAGACAGAUGUCGACGCCAAUGCACGAACAUUGCGUAGUUUGUAGCACAAAAGCACUCAGCUUUUAUUUACCGCAAUAAAAAACCAGCAAUGUACACCGAAUCCAUAAAAGUUUGGUGAACUGGUCGCGGAUAUUGUGGAGCCGGCAUAAUAUACAAAGGAACGAAUGAAUGGAUCCAAAGUUCUACGGGAAAUAAAAAAUAAUAUUUCUGAAGAUUAAAAUUUUCUCCCAACACAAUAUCAAAAACUGACAGCAUUUGAAGCGUGCGAAUGAAAGUUAUGGUGCUGUGUUUACAAUAGUUCAUACGUGAAUUGAAAAAAUCAUAGUAGAAAUAUAGCGUAGUAAAAGACGUUUUACAAUAAAAAUUACAUAAUUACAUAUAAAUAUGCAUGUUAACGAUAUUGAAGCACAAAAUUAAUAAUUGUUGAAACACAAUGUUGAAAUUUUAAAAGUUUUUCUAAACCUGCAAUAUAAAUUAUGAAAAAUCGAACAGCGCAAUGCAAAUUGAAAAUCUUAUUUUAUUAAAAAUAUUAGCUUACAUAUGAAAGGAGUUAGGUAUUGUAUAUAGAUUUUUCAUAUAGGUUCAAAAUAUCUUCGAAUCAGAUAAUUUAAAUCAGAAUAUCACAUAAUUUGGUAUCUUUAUUAUCCCAAAUAUUGAGGCAGUAGUAGGCGAUUAAUCACGUGUUUACUUUAAUUCGUUAAGAUAGGUUAUUUUAAUGUCGUAAUUAUUAUCUACAUAAAUAGCUUUACUUUAUUUUAUAAAUACAAAGAUUCUAAAUUCAAGGAUUGUUUGAUAAGAAAAACAUGUUAUGGGAUAUGGAUGCAUAUGGUUUAAAUUAUCUACUUUUGUAAUAGAUUUGAAUCCACGGAAACAUACAUUGUCUGUACAGCAUAAACCAUACUCCGUACCCAAAUGAUUCGACGGAAUGUGUCAAUCUUUGGAACAAAAAUUGGUAGCCAUAUUUUUUCUAACGUUAUGAAUUUUGAAUUGAAAUUGUAUGUACAUUUUUGAGAAGACAUAGAUUGAGCCGAAUUUUUUGUACAAUUUAUUUUGAAUUUGUGAUAGUUGACAAUUACCAAUUAGUCCAUGGCAUUCAUCCUUGUUACUGAUGGCUCAAUGUUGACUUUCACUCAAUGUAAAAUUAAGUAAAAUUACGCAGGCACAACUUAUUACACAAAUAUGGUUAAGUAGUAUGUGAAUGGUAAUUUGCCUCUACAAAACAAAAAUUUAAUAUUCAGCAUCUUUCCACACGAAUUCUGUCUGCCUAUAAAGCUCGUUUACGCGACAUAAAGUUAACGAGUAUAAAUUACUAUGUAAAUGAUACGCUUUUACGCACUUUUAUGAAAAGGCGUUGUAUUGUGAUGUUGUGCUUUAUUUAGAUUGAUGUUGUUCGACGUUUUGUUGACUUGUUCUUUUGUACUUUGAAUGCAUAAAGCAAUAUUAUUUUGUUUAUA